GUGAGUGAAUUAUGAGCUAGUACUCUAGCCUACCUCCCUAGCUAACCUUGUCUUAUUGUCUUCCUCCUCUUCUUCUUCUUCUUCUUAAUCAAUCUGUUCCUUCGUGAAUAAAGUGUUGGGGAAAUUCCCCAUUUUUGAUUACUUGGUUUGAUCAUAAAAUUUUCUCCUUAGCUAAAAAGGGAAAAUUAAAAUUAGAACCGAUCUUCUAUAGACUAAAAAUAUGUCAGGCGAUGAGCAAAACCAAGAUGUUCUUCAGCAACAGCUCAAAGGAAAGAAACUUUCUGGCGAAAAGUUGAAACGAUAUGACUCCUUAGACUUGGAAUCUAGCAGGGUGCCCGACGCCAAAAAGGCAUUGGAAUGGUCAGUGAUACUGAAACUGGCAUUUCAGAGUAUAGGGGUGGUAUAUGGUGAUAUUGGAACGUCACCAUUAUACGUGUUUUCGACCAUAUUUCCUAAUGGUGUAAAAUACGAAGAAGAUAUACUUGGUGCUUUGUCUCUCAUUUUUUAUACAAUCACCUUGAUUCCUGUCGUCAAAUAUGUCUUCAUUGUUCUCCAAGCGAAUGAUAACGGAGAUGGAGGUACUUUUGCGUUAUAUUCAUUGAUAUGUCGAUAUUCUAAGGUAGGAUUAAUUCCAAGUACACAGGCAGAAGACAAAGAUGUGUCGACCUUUAAACUUGAUAUACCAGAUAGACGCACUCGUCGAGCUUCAAAGCUUAAGUCGAUAUUAGAAAGCAGCAAUUUUGCAAAGUUCUUUCUAUUAUUUGCCACAAUGUUUGGUACUUCCAUGGUUAUUGGGGAUGGCGUCCUCACUCCCUGCGUUUCAGUUUUGUCUGCUAUUGGAGGCGUGAAAGCAGCUGCUCCCUCAGUCAUGACUGAAGGAAGGAUUGUUUGGCUUGCAGUAGCCAUCUUGAUACUGUUGUUCUUUCUUCAGAGAUUUGGAACUGAAAAAGUUGGCUACACUUUUGCACCUAUACUUUGUCUAUGGUUCUAUUCCAUUGCUGGUAUUGGCAUUUACAACUUCGUGAAGUACGAUCCAACUGUUAUCAGAGCUCUUAAUCCUAAAUACAUCAUAGAUUACUUCAAGAGAAACAAAAAGGAUGCUUGGAUUUCUCUUGGUGGUGUAGUUAUGUGCAUAACAGGAGGUGAAGCACUAUUUGCAGAUGUUGGUCAUUUUAGUGUUCGAUCUGUACAGAUAAGUAUGUGCUGCGUCACAUACCCAGCGCUCAUAUUAGCAUAUCUCGGUCAGACUGCCUAUUUGAGGAAGCACAGUGAUGAUGUAACUGAUACAUUCUACAAGAACUUACCUCAUAGUUUAUAUUGGCCAGUAUUUGGGGUGGCAGUAUUAGCGGCCAUCAUUGCAAGUCAAGCCUUGAUUUCUGGGACUUUCGCUAUAAUCCAGCAAUCCCUGGCACUAGGAUGCUUUCCCCGUGUUAAAAUUGUGCAUACAUCAAAAAAGUAUCAUGGACAAAUCUACAUUCCUGAAAUCAAUACCCUUCUCAUGUUGGCUUGUGUUGUUGUCACUCUUGCAUUCAGAACUACUGAAAAGCUAAGCAACGCUUAUGGAAUAGCGGUGGUGUUUGUGAUGUUACUAACAUCAUGUUUCCUCGUACUAGUUAUGAUCAUGAUUUGGAAAACUCACAUUAUUUUUGUAAUCGUCUAUAUUCUGGUAUUUGGCACGAUUGAGCUCGUCUAUCUAAGCUCGGUCCUUUACAAGUUUGAUCAGGGAGGUUACCUUCCCCUGGCUUUUGCUAUGGUCCUAAUGUUUAUCAUGUACGUAUGGAAUUAUGUAUACCGAAAGAAAUACCACUUCGAGCUAGAACACAAGAUCUCUCCUGAAAAAGUUCAAGAAACAGUGGAUGAAACAAAUUACCACCGGCUACCAGGACUUGCAAUUUUCUACUCUGAGCUUGUUCAUGGAAUCCCACCAAUAUUCAAACAUUAUGUGGAGAACGUUCCCGCGUUACAUUCUGUCCUUGUUUUUGCUUCUGUCAAAUCACUUCCCAUAAGCAAAGUGCCAGUAGAAGAAAGGUUCCUCUUCCGUAGAGUAAAGCCAUAUGAUCUCUAUGUUUUUCGCUGUGUGGUACGUUAUGGAUACAAUGAUGUACGCAACGAGGCAGAGCCCUUCGAAAGAUUAUUAGUAGAGAGGCUGAAGCAAUUUAUACAAGACGAUUGCAAAAUUUUGAUUGCAGCAAAUGCUAACAGAGUAUCAACAGAUGAGAGCAUAGAAUUGGAGAAUGAUGGUUCCAACAUUGAUUGUGACAAACAAGCUGAGGAUGCUACGUUAUUAAUGGAGAGAGAUAUAGAAGUGCUGGAGAGAGCAUAUAGUGUUGGGGUGGUGCAUUUGGUAGGGGAACAAGAUGUGAUUGCAGGCAAAGGGUCUAAUAUAGCAAAGAGAGUGGUGAUUGAUUAUGCUUUCAAUUUACUCAAGAGGAACUUGAGACAAAGUAACAAAGUUCUUGACAUACCUCAUAAACGCAUGUUAAAAGUCGGAAUGAUAUAUGAGAUAUAGCAUGCUAUGCUAUGAGUUUGAAAGUAAAAAAGUUAAGUUUCAACCGACUUUCUGUAGCACGAAUCAGAAUUAGUCGGGACUCCAUUGACAUCGAGUGGAAAACAAAAAAAAAGUUUAGUUAUUACUAGUUCAAAAUAGUUGUGCAUUUAGUUGAAGGAGACAAAGGUGAAGCAUCCAACAUGUGCUACCCUCAAUCUCCAUCUGUCAAAAAGUGCUUGGAAUAGAGAAUUUCUUUUACUUUUUAAAAAUCUUUUUUUUCCGUUUCAGUUUUUGUAAGCGUUUCUAUAGUUUGAUUUGACAGAAUUUUACAUUGUAGAGAGAGAGAAUUAAAACAGCGUUUUGCUUUGUACUACAGUACA